GAAUUUUUUGUGCAUUGAAUGCAUUUUAACUCCUUGCUUCCUUAAAAUACUUCCAAAAUCAGAAAAUUUGUUUUGUUUCCCUCAACUCAUUGAACUUUCUUCCAAAGUUGUAUAACAGAAAUGCCGAGGUUAAUGCUGCAUGAACAAGUACCACAACAUCUGUACUGGUGGUGAUGUUACUAGAACAUGAUCUACUUCAUCUUUUGUUGUAAAACAGACUUAAUCUUUUGUUACUAUAAUGAUCAUGUCAACUAUAUUUUCGAUGCUUCUGAAUUUAGUCCUUACAUAACAUUGUGUUAGCUCCAAAACCCGCGGGAAAGCGCGGGCAUAAUUUCUAGUAUCUAUGAAUGACCGGUUUUCUAAUAAUUGUACUCGGAAAAAUAGGCCUAUACUAGUCUGUCCUGUGUGCUCAUUCUCUCCCACCUCCUCCUCAGAGAAGAGAAAAGACUGGAUCUUUGUCUCCCCAACAACAUCAGAAACCUCUCCUCCCCCUCUUCCAACUUUCUUUUGUGGCGCCACCUCUCUCCUCAGAUGUGCAGAACACCCCAAAUUAUUCCAUGGCUUAGGAAUCUAUAAGUAAGAGGUUGUGCUACUGAAUAUUUCUCAAUGGAAGCACAGAGCUUGAAAGAGGCCAAUUCUAAAUUGCAGAGCUUGGAAGUAGACCCUAAAUCAAAGGGCUUGGAAGAAGAAGAUACUAAAUUACAGAGCUUGAAAGAAGACGGUUCUAAAUCACUAGAAGAUCCUAAAUCACAGAGCUUGAAAGAAGAAGACCAUAAAUCACAGCGAUUGAAAGAAGAGGAAUGUAAGUCGCACAGCUCGGAAGAAGACCUUAAGUUAAACAGCUUGGAAGAAGACCCUAAAUCGCAGAGCUUGAAAGAAGAAGAGCCUAAAUUACAGAGCUUGGAAGAGGAAGAGCCUAAAUCACAGAGCUUGAAAGAAGAAGGACGAGAUAGCUUGGGAGACCCUAAAUUCAAUGAAAAUGCAUUGCAAUUCCUGGAUUCAAUGGAUGGGUAUUUAACCCUAAUGGAUUCAUUGUCUUGGACACUACGGCAGGGAUGGCUGCAACUAGCGAGUGCGCGCCAUUCAAUGGGUGGGUCGCGGGUGAGCAGUGCAGUGUUGGAUAUGAAGCCCCACUCAGCUGCUACUUUUUUGCAAGUCAGCAAACAAUCCAAUCCAGGAGCAGGGUUAGGGGAAAUUCAUCAUUUUACAUUGCUGAAAUGGGCCUCAUCGGAUAAUGGAAAUGGAGCUCCACAUAGAGAUGUGAGUCCGCAGCUAAGACAAAGAAAGGACAAGGAUGGAGAUCCAGCCCCUGUUACAGCUGAAGAGGACCAUCAUCAGCAACUUCAGAAGGAGCGGUUUAAAUCACUUUCGGUGUUUGGCGCUUUGGUUUCCCCCAAGCUACGGGCGGCUCAGCUCUCAUUCGAAACUGCGCUGGAAGCACUUGUAGAGAUUGCUAACAUGCGAUUGUUGAUGCUUUCCAAUUUUCAUGAAGUAAGAAAAGAAAUGGAAUCAGCAAAUGGCAAACAAUGAAUGCUAUUGCCAGGGCAUAAUAGAUACAUUUAUAGCCAGAGUACUUGAGCACCAUCUACCUCUAUAAUUCUUCUUGACCUCUUUUAUUUCAAUUUGCUGAUUUCAAAGUUUAAUUAAGUUCAUGAAUGUAGGAUUUGAUUGUAGAUAACUAAGAGUAGUUCUGUAAAUUUGUUUAUUUAUCCGCCUGAACCAUAACUUUUGAAUUCAAUGUUCAGAAUUAAACUAGGUUGUUGAAGUGAUGAUACUGUUAGCUUUCCUUUUUCUUC